AGUUGGUGGAGGCUGUAGUCAUGUUACUUGUUCUUAGAGAAAUAUCCCAAUCAAAAGGUUCUUAAUUUUCAGUUGUAGUAAAAUAUAGGUGCUAUUGAUUCGUUAUGACCGCAAAUUAUGAAUACAUGCCACUAGCAAAGCAGGAUCCCGAUGUUGAAUAUCCAUUGACAGUUAAAUAUUGUGGUGAAUGCACUAUGCCUUUGGAGUAUUGUGAAUUUUCACUGUUUCCUGAUAAAUGCCGAGCGUGGUUAGAAAAAAAUCUACCUGAAGAAUUUGAGCAGCUUACCACUGAUGGAGCUGAAUCUAAUCAGACAGAAGCAGUACAUAAAGGCCGUCAAGUAAGGGGCGGUAAAGGAACGAUCAAGAAACCGGCGAAACAAAAAAUAAUAGUUUCUAAAACUUCAAGAGGCAAGAAAAAGUACACAACCAGCGUCAGUGGAUUAUCCACAUUUGGAAUCGAUCUGAAAGUGGCUGCCAAAUUAUUUGGUCGUAAAUUUGCAACUGGUAGCUCAGUUACAGGAAAUGACGACGAAAUUGUAGUUCAAGGUGAUGUGAAGGAGGAACUGAUUGAAACGUUAAUCGAAAAAUGGCCAGAAUUAACUGUGUAACAUGAAGUGGGAUAUGUGGUUUAUUUACUUAGGCGGCUUAUUUUCAACUCGUGGGUCCUUGUUCAAAGGCUGUCCUGCCUGAAGACUUUCUAACAACCAGUAUCACUUGAACUCACACGAAAUGUGACCAAUAGCCUAGUAUGCAGAACUACAUAUGGUUGCUGGGUUGCACUAAUCUCAUCAUAUUAUCAUAAAAUUGAUGAAAACUUAAUCGAAGAUCAUGGAGAGGUGAAGAGAUAAAUCUCGUCCAAAAUUACAUUUCUGUGUACAGCAUUGUAAUUAGUUCUCUUGUUUUGGGAAUAUAACUUUUU